GUACACUUGCAGUAACAAUACAAGCAUCUGCUCGUGCAGUUGUGCAUUGUUGCUUUAAGCGUAUCCAAAUAAAUAACGAUAUUUUCUUAUAAUUGGACUUGUCAUCUAAUAGAACGGACUAAUUAUUUUUACCUUUUAUUAAUAAAACUAAAAUCAUUUGUAAAUGUUAAGAUUUUUGGCUCAAAUAAUACCAGGUUAUAAUUGCAGUUGCAACAUUUUAAUUCGCAGUAUGACCAAUUUAUUGUAUCCAAAACCCGUGGAAUUAUUGAUUAGAAAGAAAUUAAAGGAAACUUUUCUACCAGUGCAUAUGGACGUAACAAAUGAAUCAUACAUGCACAAUGUCCCAAAGGGUUCGGAAACACAUUUUAAGGUUAUCAUUGUAUCACAAAAAUUUGAAAACAUGCCAUUGAUUAAGGUAAAUAAAGAUUUAAAGAACCAACGUUUUAUUAAUCAGACAAUAAUUUAUUAUGUUUGAACAAGAUAUUUUAUUCCAAUAUAGAGACAUCGAAUGGUUAUGGAUUUACUUAGCGACGAAUUGCAAAAUGGAGUUCAUGCACUUUCAAUUGUAGUGAGUAUACAAUAUUCAGUCUAUGUUUACUUACUUCGUUUAAAAAUAUAAUAUUAAUUUUCCAAGGCAAAAACACCAACUCAAUGGGAAGUAAGUGACAAGAAUAUUAAACCUAGUCCUAGUUGUAAAGGUGGAUUUGGUAAAUAAUUUUUAUAAAUUUUAAACUAUACUACAAUUCUAUAUAAAAAAUUUUGAC